AUGGGCCACAACCGUUCAUCCACCGCUAAGAUCAUCCCGCUCAAGGCCGAGCCGGAGAAGCUCUCUGGCUUGGCGGUGGAAUACCAAAAGCGCAACCGUGAGACGGUGAAAACGGUGUACAAAGCACUGCACGACGGCGACACAGAGAAGCUUGCGAAGGUGGUGAGGACAGAGUUGGAAUGGUGGUACCACGGACCUCCUCGUUGCGAGCACAUGAUGAGAGUGUUGACCGGCGGGUCAACGCCCAAGGGCUUCAGGUUUCGGCCUCGGAGGAUCAGGGCCGUCGGAGACCGCGUGAUGGUGGAAGGGUGGGAGGGGGCGGGGGAGUACUGGGUGCACGUGUGGACACUCAGGCACGGGAUCAUUGCUCAGCUGCGGGAGUACUUCAACACCUUCAUCACGGUGGUGCUUCGGGUUUCGGAGGAUGGUGAUGAGGCUCGGUUGUGGCGGAGCUCCGACCGGGUUCGGGUUCACGUGUCCUUACCGGAUCUGGUGCUUUCAGUUUAA